AUGUGUCCUCCAACUCACGAACCUGUUGUUGCUGAUCUGGCCAAAAAGGUUGAGAAAACCCAAAUCAAAGGCAAUAAUGACAAAACUCCCAAGGCCCAAUUUCUUGAUGAGAGACUUAAGUUUUUUGAAGAACUAAAGAAAAAGUCUGAUGAAGCUCUUGCUGCUAAAGAAAAAGUUCCCAUUAAAAUUACACUUAAUGAUGGCAAACUCAUUGAUGGAACUUCUUGGGAAACUACUCCUUUUCAGAUUGCUAAAGACAUCAGUAAAUCUCUAUUGGAUCGUGUUUUUAUUUCUAAGGUUAAUGGUGAACUUUGGGAUCUUGAACGUCCUUUUGAAGGCGAUGCUACUUUGGAGCUUCUUGAUUUUGAUAACGAUGAGGCUAAAAAAGUCUUUUGGCAUUCUUCUGCUCAUGUUUUGGGAGAAGCAUGUGAAAACUUUUACGGCGCUCAUCUGUGUUUUGGCCCUCCAACUGAUGAUGGUUUCUUUUAUGACAUGAGCAUUGAGGAGGGUAAAAGAGCUGUUGCUUCUUCUGAAUUCCCUUCUAUUGAAACUUGGGCCAAAUCUGCAAUUAAAGAAAAGCAAAAAUUUGAGCGCCUUGUUGUUUCAAAAGAAGAUCUCCUUAAGAUGUUUUCUUAUAAUAAGUACAAGCAGGCCCUCAUUGCUUCUAAGGUUCCCGACGGUACAUCUACUACUGUUUACCGAUGCGGACCUCUUAUCGAUUUGUGCAGAGGCCCUCAUGUUCCUCAUACGGGUCGUAUCAAAUCCUUUAAGCUUCUUAAGAACUCUGCUUCAUAUUUCUUAGGUGAUGCGGAAAACGAUUCUCUCCAAAGAAUUUAUGGUGUUUCUUUUCCAGAUAAGAAGCUUAUGGACGCUCACCUUAAGUUCCUUGAAGAGGCUGCUAAACGUGAUCACCGAAAAAUUGGUAAAGAACAAGAACUUUUUAUGUUUCAUGAAAUGAGUCCUGGUUCAUGCUUUUGGCUGCCUCAUGGUGCUCGUAUUUAUAACACCUUAAAUGCUUUUCUUAGAGAUGAAUACCGUGUUAGAGGUUAUGAAGAAGUCAUUACUCCAAACAUGUAUAACUCCAAACUUUGGAUGACUUCUGGUCAUUGGGAAAACUAUAAGGAAAACAUGUUCACCAUGGAAGUUGAAAAGGAUACAUUUGGCCUUAAGCCCAUGAACUGUCCUGGACAUUGUCUUAUGUUUAAGGCUAGAGAACGAAGCUAUAGAGAGCUUCCUUGGAGAGUUGCUGAUUUUGGUGUCAUUCAUCGAAAUGAAUUUUCUGGUGCUCUCUCGGGCUUGACUCGUGUUAGAAGAUUCCAGCAGGAUGAUGCCCAUAUCUUUUGCAGACAAGAUCAGAUUGAGACUGAAAUUAUUGGUGUUUUUGAUUUCCUUCAAAAAGUAUAUGGUAUAUUUGGUUUUGAAUUCAAGAUGGAGCUUUCUACUCGCCCCGAAAAAUAUGUCGGUGAUAUCGAAACUUGGAACGAUGCUGAAGCCAAGCUUACCAAUGCUCUUAAUUCUUUUGGUAGAAAAUGGGAGAUUAAUCCUGGUGAUGGUGCUUUCUAUGGCCCUAAGAUCGACAUCAUGAUUUCUGAUGCUCUUAAGCGUUGGCACCAGUGUGCUACCAUUCAACUUGAUUUUCAACUACCUCGACGAUUUGAACUGGAAUACCGAGCUGCAGAUGGUACUGACUCCAAGGAAACUGAUGUUGAUGGAAGAUACGUUAAUCCUGUGAUGAUUCAUCGUGCGAUUUAUGGAUCCUUUGAGAGGAUGAUCGGCAUUUUGACCGAACAUUUCUUUGGAAAAUGGCCUUUCUGGCUUUCUCCACGUCAAGUUCUUGUCAUUCCUGUUGGUGUCAAGUUUAACGACUAUGCUCAAAAGGUUCGUGACACUUUAUGGGAUGCUGGCUUUUUUGCUGAUACUGAUCUUGGUCCCAACACUCUUCAAAAGAAGGUUCGUACUGGUCAGCUACAACAAUAUAAUUUUAUUUUCAUUGUUGGUGACGAGGAAGAGAAGAGUCAAUCUGUUAAUGUUCGCAACCGUGACGACACUAGCAAGCAACAAAGAGGUAUUCCUUAUCAGCUUGAAGAUAUCAUUAAGAAGCUUGAGGAACUUAAGGAAAAGAAAUCCCUUACACAUGAUAUUUAA